CCGCCCCUACGCCUCACGCCGCCGCCGCAACUGCCAACGAAUGGGUACGAAGCCGAGGAUCACGACGCAGGCGGCCUCCGUGAAGAAGCUGAGAAGGAAAUCAUCAAUCUCAAUUAGAAAGACGAGCAGCACCGGAUCGGAGCUCCGAAUCGGCGGCGGCGCGUCGGUCUCCGACAAGCUGGAGGCUCUGAAGAGCCUCGUUCCUUCGGAAAAUGCAGAAAUAAAGACCGACGAGCUCUUUAAGGAAACCGCUGAGUACAUUGUGCGUCUGAAAACACAGGUUUUCGUUUUGCAGAAAUUGAUUGAUUUUUACGGUUCUCAACAUCGAGAAAAUGCUGUAUAGUUAGUUAAUUGAUGUUUUUUGAUCAUCUGGUGAAGGAAAGGGGAAAAAAUUGGCGACAAGAAAAUUAGAAAAAAAAAACAAAACAUUAUUAUCACUAUUUUUUUUGCAAUUUUCAUACUGGUUGUAGCAUAAUUAGUCAUCCAUGCAUUUUGUGAUAACAAUCCGUUCGUUUCACGUCUCUUGUGCUUUUAAUCUGUCACAUAUACACAAUUUCUGCAUUUGAUUCAUCUCUUUGUUCAUGAUGUGGAAAAUUUGUACCGAAUUCCAUACGAACAUUUUGUAGCCUCCAUACAGAUAAUUUACUUGUAUUCUGCA